UAUAGAUCCAAGAAGGACUUAUACACAAGGAUGGCAGUAGACCGCCAAUAUUUUAUGCCAAGCUACUAAAUGUGCCCUGUCUCAUAUAUCAGAGAUGUAUUUUCUAGAGAUAAGAAGAUAAGUCUGGCCUUGAUAAACUCAUCAAUAGGCUAUAAAAGUGAAUGAGGUAAUGUUAAUUCAUGUUCCAUUUUAUCCAGAGCUCUCAAUUAAGAGAGUCUAUCCUGAAUUAAAGGAAAAUCCUAUUCUGAAGACAUAUUUCCAAGAAUACCCAGAAAAUAUUUAUCCUGAAAGAAAAUUCUUCUAUGGAGUAGUUGGGAGUCUUUUUCCAGAUAAAUUGAAAGCAAUUAUUAAAAAGGCAAGAGAACACAGAAGCAUAAUUGAAGCCUCUGAUGAAAAUGAACUUAUUCAUUUUUCACCAGAAUUUUCAGAUGAAAUAAUGAAGUUACUGAGCCAUCCUACAACCCCAGGAAGAGCAGUAUUUUUAUUGAAACAAAAGGCAAAAACUACUAGAAAGAAGAGAACUGCUAAAGAAUUUAUGGCUGAUUUCAAACCAAUUAGUUCAAUAAGGAUGGCGACUCGGAGACUCCCCGUCCCGAAAGAGUUCAGCAUAGACAAAUUAAAAGCGAAAGCUGUCAUAGAAAUGUAGGACGAUGGUUUAAGAUACAGUGAUGAGGAAGAGAGAUAAUACUAAUUGCGUUGCAAACUUCACUAAAAUCAUUCUUUGGUAAAAAAAUGCUGGUAGUUUUCGUCAAAACCAGGUUUACCUAAAUGAGAAUCUGACAUUCCAAACUAAAGGCAGCUAUUAUAGUUGACAGAUUCAUUUUAGGAUAUUUUUAGUCUUUUCGCUGCAUCAUAUUGAUAUCUUUUGAUUCUUAGUGGUAAACCUGAAAUUCCUGGAAAUUAUGAUCUGCUCAGGUUGGAUGGGGAGCAAUUGAGAGAAGAAACAUUUUUGUUUCUUUAAGAGAUAAAUAGGACAGAAUAAUGAAAGCGAAGGCUAAUUCAGAGAAGAGUAGGGGAGACCCUAACCAAGACAAAAUGAGGAUAAAAUUGGAAAUAAUUAUAUAACAUUCCUAAAAACUG